CACUGAGGCUGACAGAGCUCCGCUGUCUGUGGCGAGCACAUGUGAAUAACCGUCGCUUUUAAAUGAAACAACUAAGGGAUUAUUACUGGAAAUAAAAAAAAAAUAUAUAUAGAUAUAUCAAAACGGACAUGGACUCCAAGCGCCAAAGUGUGGUAAUGGAACGACUUGUAAACGAGCUAGGCUCUCUGCUGAAGAUGCUGGACCGUGAGACGGUCAGUCCUGCCACUGCUGACAAGAUGGCGUCGAUACGUAACAUCCUGGACUCGCUGCAGCUGUCAGUCAAUGGAUCAGACGUCUACAUGAACAGCUGUCUCUAUGGCAACGGCACCAGUUUUGUAGAGUCUCUAUUUGAGGAUUUUGACUGUGAUUUGCACAUGCUCAGUGCAUCUCCAGUGGAGCAGAAGGAGCACAAAGAGGAAGAGGAGAAGACUCAUCCUAAUAAAUCUACACCGACUGAUACACCCCCUCCUCUGCCAACCACGCCCCUUCCAGAUGACUACUAUGAAGAGGCUGUUCCUCUAGAUCCUGGAUCAACCCCUCAGUACUUCACCACCAAUAUGAACACUUCAAGGAACUCUGUGGAGGAUGCUUACUAUGAAGAUGCAGACAAUAACUACCCCACUACCAGAAUUAAUGGACCACCUAAAAACUCCUACAAUGACUCAGAUGCUCUGAGCAGCUCCUACGAGUCUUACGAAGAAGAGGAAGAAGAGGCCAAAGGACGGGACCAACCGCAGAGAUGGACGGCUGAGGAGAACCCAGAAGGACCAGUUAGAGAUUGCCGCAUCUGUGCCUUCCUGCUGCGAAAGAAACGCUUCGGCCAGUGGGCUAAACAGCUAGUCGUUGUCCGAGACAAUAAACUGCAGUGCUAUAAGAGCAUCAAAGAGAGUACUCCGCACACAGAGCUCCCGCUGAAUUUGUGCAACGUCAUCUAUGUUCCAAAGGAAGGCCGGAAAAAGAGACACGAGCUGCGCUUCUCGUUGCCUGGAGGCGAAGCUCUAGUCUUGGCUGUUCAGAGUAAAGAGCAGGCCCAGAGAUGGCUCAAGGUGGUGCAAAAUGUUGGCAGCCAAUGUAGCAACACUGAAGGACUGGAAGGAUCCACUUCUCCCAUUAUACAAAGGAAACUGGAACUUGAUAAGGUGCUGCAGUGUGACCGGCAGGCAUCAGACUCAGACAGCGGGCCAACUGCAGACAGUCAGUCCACUGUACAGGGACCAGGACGGGAUACCACUGACUCUCUGAACAGGGGGAAGCGCGGAGCGUUUUCAGAGCUGACGGGGUCGAUGAGCCGAGCAGCAGGGAAGAAAAUCAAUCGGAUCAUCACUUUCUCCAAACGGAAACCUCCCUUACCUGGAGAGCCUCCCUUGUCUUCUGGUCACCAUGACAACCCACGCUGUG